AUGUCUUAUAUUUGCUCCCUCUCAAAUUAUGCUUACAUAAGCAUCAGCAGUUUGCGAGGUGCCGACACACACCGAAAUAAUAAUCAAUGCAAUGAGAUAGAAGCAAAGAACACCAGGCACAAAAGGAGCUAUGGUAAUGGCAUAGAGACUGUUGUGCCGAAUAGAUCGAACUAUCCCGUAAUGGAGCCUGCACGAAUAUUCGUUAGAGUGGGCCAAAGGCAAGGGAUUACAGUCAUAGAGGACACAGGUCCACAGGAAUAUGAAGUCGGAAAAGAGUCUUGCGGAUAUAUGGAAAAUACGAGAGUAAUCUGGAGGUUAUCUGUCGCUUGUAUAUGA